CGCGCUGCCGCGUGUUUCGCUCCGCUGUGUGGUGCGUACCGAGUUCCGGCCGCGCGACGCACUGUAGCGCCGACGGCUGCCAUGCCCACGCCGACACUGGACUGCUGCCACACCGUUUGCAGACAUGGGCCGGCGUGACACGCGGAACCCUUCAUCGCCCUUGUGAGGGAGGGCUGCCGCAUGUCGCGGCAGCGGCUGCUGUGGCGUCUGCUGGGCGCCGCGCUGGCGCUCACGGUCGCCGGGCUCGCCGCGCCGCCGCUCUUCCGGCUGCUCGUCUCGCCGCACGGAACCGCCAACUCCGUCGCCGGCCGCCGCAUGUACAGCAGUGACCCGGGCCCGUGGACGUGGCGCUGCGAGUCCGGGCGGUGCGUGCGCGCGCUGUGGCAGGGCGGCGCGCAGGUGUCCCUGGACACGUGCCAGUGGACGUGCGCCGCCUGGGAGGCGCCGCUGUGGCCGCGGCCCACGGGCGCGCUGCGGCUCGCCAACUCGAGCGCCGCGCUGCCCGCCGACCUGGACGUGCGCCUGCGGCUGUCCAGCCCGCAGCACGAGGACACGCGGGACCUGCUGGCGGCCGCCACCGAGCGCCUGGCGCGUCACCUGCAGCUGGUCAGGCCCGCCUGGGCCGACACAGUCGCGUGCGACGCCGCCCGCGGCGCCACCGUCGCCCGGCUCACCGUCUUCGUCAAGCUGGACGCGGACGGCAGCCGCCCCACGGGCCAACUCACGCUCGACACCGACGAGAGCUACCGUCUCCAGGUGCGCCGUGAGUCUCAGGAUCUACAAGCGGAGAUUGAUGCGCGCAGCUUCUUCGGCGCCCGCCACGCGUUGGAGACGUUGUCGCAGCUCGCCUGGUGGGACCCCGUCAGCGGAUGCGUGCGCAUGCUGGACUCUGCCAUCGUCAAGGACGCGCCCAAGUUUCGGCACCGAGGCCUGAUGGUGGACACGGCGCGCAACUUCAUCCCGCUGGAGGCACUGCAGCGCACGGUGGACGCGAUGGCCUCCAACAAGCUCAACACGCUGCACUGGCACCUCACGGACUCCACCAGCUUCCCCUACCUCAGCCGCGCGCUGCCCACCAUGGCGCGCUACGGAGCCUACUCUCCAGAACAGGUGUACAGUAUGGAUGACGUGUCGCGGCUGGCGGAGUUCGCGAGAGAGCGCGGGGUGCGUCUGGUGGUGGAGCUGGACGUGCCCGCCCACGCCGCUGCCGGCUGGCCUACCGAGCAAGUCUCCUGUUCGGAGCAGAGGGGGUCUGCCGCGAAUGCUCCGCUGGUGCAGCAGCCUCGCCAGAACGAGAACGGGAACGGGCUGCAGUACCGCGUGGAGGAUCGGCGGGAGUGGCGCGCGCAGCACGGCGGGGAGGAGCCGCCUCCCUGGUGGCAGCUGUGCGGCCAGCCUCCCUGCGGCCAGCUGCCGCCGGCGGACGAGGCGGCGUUCGGCACGCUGCGGGCGCUCUACCAGGAGCUGCGGCAAGCCUCCGGCGCCUCCGACGUGGCGCACCUGGGCGGCGACGAGGUGAGCGCAGAGUGCUGGGGCGGCGUGCGCGGCGAGCGGCUGUGGUCUCUGUGGGGCGGCUUCAUGCGGCGCGCGCACCGCGAGCUGGUGGCCGCCUCGCAGGGGAACCCCCCCACCGCAGUCCUCGUGUGGAGCAGCGAGCUCACCGCGCCGCACAACCUGCGCCGCUACUUCGACCCCAGCACGCACGUCGUACAGGUGUGGGGCGGCAGCAAGUGGAACGAGACGCUGCCCGUGCUGCUGGCGGGCUUCCGCGCCGUGGUGUCGCACGUGGACGCGUGGUACCUGGACUGCGGCUGGGGCGACUUCCGCAGCGGGGGCCCCGGACCCUGCGGGCCCGUCGCCACGUGGCAGACCGUCUACUCGCACCGGCCCUGGGCCGCCUUCCCGUCGGGCGCGCGCUCCAGGCUGCUGGGCGGAGAGGCCUGCCUCUGGUCCGAAAAGGUGGACGACCAGACGCUGGACGUCCGGCUGUGGCCGCGCGCCGCGGCGCUGGCAGAGCGGCUGUGGAGCGACCCUCCGCCGGGCGCGCACCCCGACCUGCCCCCGCCGGGCAGCCCGCAGCGGGACGAGCCGACGCUGCGACGCGCCUAUCAGCGGCUGUCGCACCACAGGGAGCGGCUGGUGGCGCGCGGCGUGCGCGCAGAGGCCAUGUGGCCGCGCUACUGCCACCUCAACCCUGGCGCCUGCUUCUAGCGACAACGAGCAGCCGCCGAAACUGGUUACUAAAGGUGCAGGAACGAUACACUGCCAGCUUCAGUUCAGCGUGCAGCUCAGUGAAACUUACGCAUGUUUUUUCCCUUAAUUUCGUG